UGUGUCGUUUCAAAAAACACUGACAGAUUACAGAGCAAUGAUAUCGGGGAAACAGACUGCUUAUGCAUAUUUUGUGUGUUUGUUAACAAAGUGAGGACGGCUGUUUCUUGCUGUACAAGCAACCUAGAAUGUUUUUCUGUCUCUGUGUUAAGGAAACCUAACUCUUCAGAGAGCGGUCUGGACACUGAAUAUCAACCAGUAUCAUGAAGGUGGCCUUCCUAGAAGAUGCUGCAGCUAAAGAGGUGAUCAUGACUAUCAAUCUGGAUCUCGCUAAAGGAAAGGAAAAUACACGUGGGACUGUGCUGCUGAAGCUUCUGGCCUGAGCCAUCUGGAACAGGUUAUUGCAUCGAUCAUGUUAUGAGAUGGCCAUAACAAUUCAGACACUGAAUGAAGCAGACUUCAGCUGCUGUGUGAAGUAGUCCAUCUUUGAAAAAGGCGAGGAAGCCCUCCCCAAAUGCCAAGAAUUUGCAAUUAAGUUCUUUCCUGGGAGGUGGAAGAAACAAGUCCUACUCUUUAUUUUCAGGCAGAAUUGGUGUUUGAGACCAAGUUUCCCAUGUGUUUAAAUCUAUUCAUGUGGCAGUAGGGUGAGAUGUGUCUAUUGCAAAUCACUGUCUGUCGUGUGUUAUAUCAACAUGUAACAAUAUCAAAAGCUUGCUUAUUUGGCAGUCUCCAAGAACACUUAGAUCAAUCUCCACAGUCAGGCAAAAGGCCAAUUUGUGAACCUCAUGGAGCUUAGGUGCUAUUAAAAUGCAAGUGUAUCUGCAAAUGCCCAGCAGUUGUGCUCUAUGUGUUUCACCAGUUUUGCUGGUAGAAAUUUUGAUUCUGUAAGGUUUGGUAGGAGCAAAAUGGAUGCUUUAAGCAUCUAAAGCUUGGGCAUAUAGGGCCUUAAAGUGUCGCCUCCUGGCAAGUUCCUUUAGUGAAUUCAAGUCUGUAUGGCUGUAUAAAAGAUGUCUAAGACUUGGCACUUAGAAUGACUUUGGUCUUGCACACCUACCACCACACAGAUAUGUGUGAUUUGACUCUGCUCCUGCAGUUUGAUGAAGUCCUUGAGAACUUCAGUUCAGAAAGGGUGAGCUUUAAAAAAUGGCAAGAACAUCAAAGAAGGGUGUUCGACAGAUGUAGUUCUGGAGAACUGUAAGUGUAAUAUUAGAAUUAAAAAAGGAGAUGAAGUGUUGUAAAAGUUAGUAGAUAAGGACUUGUUUUUGUAAGGCAGAUUUUUUGUCCAGGAAUGUUGAGUGUAGUUAACUUACUGAGUUUCCUGACUUUUGUACAGCUUUUGUCUUAGCAUUCAGAAGCCAUUAGAUUAUGUUCUGUAGUGUUAAGGGUCCCUGUUAACCCAGUGUUGUGCAUUAUCUGCAGGAGCAUGGUGGGAUUCAUGCAUUUGGACAUCUCAUCCAGGAAGGGUAGAGUUAAGGUUACACAACAUAGUGUAUGUGCCCGUUAUGAUUAUAUAUUACAUGAUUUUUGAAAUCCAAGUCUUAAAUGUAAUUAGAGAUAUAGUUUCAACCCUAGCUAUGCACAAAGCAAACUUUCAGGAACAUGUUCAGUUACUUAACAGGGCUCCAUUUUAUGCUGAGAACUGCUCUGCACCUCCUCAUGAAGACAAAAAACAUAUCAAGGUAAUCUGAACAAAGUAGUAGAUUUUAUAACAUAGGGGGAUAGUUGAGACCGUUGAAGUGAUAGUGCUGCUAGAUCUGAAGUUUAGCCACCAUCCUGAGCAUAAAUGAUGAAGGUGUCAGCACAUGGUGAUGAAUGAUUCAUGGUUUUAUAGGGUGAACAAAAGGGGGUUUAUGUACCACAAACCUCUUCCUUUAUGCAGCUCUUCAUAUCAAAGAGAGUUGCGAGAAGGGUGUGGCUGCACCUCAUUAUUUUGUGGCUAAUGGUAGUUACAGAAAGGUACUGCAGAAAUUCCACUUAGCCAUAACAUCAAAUCCUUUUAUUUAGGAAAAAAAAGUCACCACACUGUAAACUAGCCCAAGCUGUGGUUUGGUACACUUUUUAUACUCUGGUUUUUUAUCCACUCCAGCUGUCAGAUGGAGACAGGAGAAAUCAAAACAUUUGUACAGUAUUCCUUCUUAAGGGAGCCCCUUAGGUGGUCAGGUCUGGAUUCACCUCCUGUCUCCAGCACUGGAGCACCUCUGCCAGUUGGCUGAUGAACCAGAACUCUUUAGUCUGAAGCAAUUCUUCGGGAGCAGACCAGUGCUGCAGUUGUAUGGUGAUCUGGGCAUGCGUACAAUGAUUUUUACUAUGUGAUGGCGAGGAAAAUUAAGUGGAUUAGCAAACGAAGUAUCAACAAGUGCAUGAAGCAAGCUCUUCAUCCACACAAAUGGGUGGUCGGAGCAUCUGCUUUGAUGUAGAGCUGUUUCUCAUAGUAGAUCUUCACACACCUAACACACCAUAAGCACUGCUACUUUUAGACUUGCUAGUUCUCCAGACCAUUGAGUGUAUUGAGAAACACUGAACUUUACAGAGUAAUGAGAAUGCUCACUGUUAACCUUUUGCCACAAUGAAAAUUUGCCCAGUCUUUGCUUUCUCUCUGUUGCCAGUUUUCUGACCCAUGACAAAACUUUCCUCUCGCAACAUACCCAGCAAGCUUCUUCAAAAGUCCCUUGUGUGAGCUUUCGUUAAGCUUUUGGGAAGUCUAUUUAAAAUGUUAACUGGGUUUUGUUUAUCUGCAACUGUAUUGACAAUGUUUGAAUAAUUCUAGAGGAGUGUUUAAUUUUCCAUGCAAUGCAGGUGAUGUAAGCAACUCACCAAGAGACAGUGUCAGAAAUGGCACUGAGCAUCUGGUGCCAUCAUUUUUUAAAAGAAAUUUGGACAAUUACAGCCAGUUAGCGAGGUACAGAUCCUUGCAUUUCCCAUUGGCACGGAUAGGACUUGUGGGUGCUCACUAGUCCUGAGGCAGCUCAAGCUUUGUAUCUCAAGCUGGGUAUCCAUACUUAGAGGCCAGUUUUAUGGAUAUCUAUUGUAACAACUCUGUUUCUCUGCCUCUCAAUCUGUUACAGGGAGCUAUAUGAUAGAUUUUUAUCUUGUUGGACAUUUCACGUUCCUUAGGAAUAAAGGGUUUUCUCAAAUGGAAGAUUCAACAGAAAUUCAAAGUAGUCAUUUAAUGUCUAUGUCUAUAUUUAAUUUCAGUGUUCAUCUUUGGAUCCAGCAUAAUCUUUGCAGCAUCUGAUUGCUUAGCUCUCACAUCUCAUAAAUGUUCUGCUUGACCUACUAAAGCUCUGCCUGCGGCAAAGCUGCAAAACACCUGAAAAAGUACUUUAUUUCCUUCCUCUUCAGUCAUAACUGGAGAUCUGCAAGAUAUGUCUUUUCUGAGAAAUAUUUAGUUUCACAAACAGCUCCCUGUCUGAGGAGGUACAGACGGCUCCCGAUCUUCUCCAUUACUUGCUAUUUCAUUCUUUGGACUAUAAAUGACUGAGGAACUGAAGUGCUAGCAGAGGGUAAUGUUUGGAAAAGCUUUCUAGUUAUUCAUCAGCACAGACUCUGGUUUUUUUCCACCUUUCCCCAACGGUUUUGGACAUGCAAGGAUUAAAAAGGAUACUGACUGCUUUCACACUGGCCGUCUGCCUUUCAAGCCCUGGAAAAGCACAGCAACAAUGCACUAAUGGGUUUGACCUGGACCGUGCCUCUGGGCAAUGCUUAGAUAUUGAUGAAUGUCGGACUAUUCCUGAGGCCUGCAGAGGAGAUAUGGUGUGUGUCAACCAGAAUGGUGGCUAUUUAUGUGUACCCCGAACAAACCCAGUGUAUCGAUCACCAUAUCUGAACCCUUAUUCAAAUAUUUAUCCACCACCCCCAGCACCAGGCCCCAUUCCUAACUACCCUACUGUUACAAGACCUUUGAUGUGUCGAUUUGGUUACCAGUUGGAUGAAAACAAUCAGUGUGUUGAUGUGGAUGAAUGCGCUUCAGAUUCUCACCAGUGUAACCCCACCCAGAUCUGCAUAAAUACGGAAGGGGGGUAUACCUGUUCCUGCACUGAAGGCUACUGGCUGUUAGAAGGCCAGUGUUUAGAUAUAGAUGAAUGUCGCUACGGCUACUGCCAGCAGCUGUGUGCCAAUGUGCCUGGUUCCUACUCCUGUACGUGCAACCCAGGCUUUACCCUUAAUGAUGAUGGAAGAUCAUGCCAAGAUGUGAACGAAUGUACAAGCGAAAACCCUUGCACUCAGACCUGCGUCAAUACCUACGGCUCUUUUCUCUGCCGCUGUGAACCUGGCUAUGAACUGGAAGCUGAUGGAGUUAACUGCAGUGACAUGGACGAAUGCAGCUUCUCAGAGUUCCUCUGCCAGCACGAAUGUGUGAAUGCGCCUGGUUCUUACUACUGUAUCUGUCCUUCAGGCUAUAACUUGCUUGACGAUAGCAGAAGCUGCCAAGAUAUCAACGAAUGUGAAACCAGAAACUUCACCUGCACUUCACAGCAAACGUGUUUCAAUAUCCCAGGAGAAUACAAAUGUUUAGACCCAGUAAGAUGCGAGGAUCCUUAUAUCCAGAUUAAUGAGAACCGCUGCAUGUGUCCAGCUGAAAAUGCCGGUUGCAGAGAUCAGCCAUUCACCAUCUUGUACAGAGUGAUGGAUAUGGUGUCCGGGCGGUCUGUGCCCUCUGACAUAUUUCAGAUGCAAGCAACAACUCGCUACCCUGGAGCGUACUACAUCUUCCAAAUCAAAUCAGGGAAUGAGGGCAGGGAAUUCUACAUGCGGCAAACAGGACCCAUCAGUGCUACUCUGGUAAUGACCCGCCCCGUGAAGGGGCCCCGUACCAUUCAGUUGGACUUGGAAAUGAUCACUGUUAACACCGUCAUCAACUUCAGAGGAAGCUCUGUCAUCCGGCUGAGGAUAUACGUGUCACAGUACUCCUUCUAAACCUUGAGUUUGUGUCCUGGAAACAUUAAAAUAAAAGAGGCAGUUCCUCCUCUGCAGAACUCUCUCCUCAGAAGCCAGUACGUAUAGCAGCUCCAAACCAAAUCAGUAUUUCCACAGACCCGGUGACCUAUGCCUGUCUGAGGAGGGAGGCCUCUUCAUGCACAGCCCCUACCAGGAUGCAGACAUCUGAAGAUACAUUGUCAGCAGAUCCCAUAUGAUUCUUUCUGUGGUCAUAUAUUUUAAGGACUCUUCUUUCCAUUGUAAACGCUUCUAGGGUAUGAGUCUAUGUUUGAAAGACUGUGAACCUUUGUAGCCCCAAGGCUGCUUAGCAAAAAGCACCAAAGAAACUGAGGAAAAAGCUGGCUUUUGCAAUCUUGCCUUUUUUUUUUUUCUUUUUUUUUUUUUCAUUAUAAAUGGAAAGCAGACAAGCAAGCAGACACAGAAACAAAAAGCCAACUAUUGAAACAAGGGAUCUCAGAAGUGCUAAUUUACAUUCCCAAUUAUCUCUGGAAUUAUCAGUCAGGCACUUUGCCUCAAUUCACCCUGCAUUUGUCUUAAUUUCACCAGUUUUUUCUUUGAUUCUAUUUUAUAGUUAAAAUUCAUUGUAAAUUCAUUCCAAAAUACAUGUUGUACUAUGUAAUCUUCUACUUUCUAGCAAAGUGUCACAUGUUUGGGUUCCUUCCUGUAUUAAAUCUUUCUAUAUAACAGAGUUCAUAGAAAUCUAUCACUGGAUGGUAUGUUUUACAAUAUUUAGGAUGUUAUGAUUAUUUACACCCAGGCUGUUUGACACAGGUCUCCACUGCCAGAAUAGUGUCCAGGGACUUCAGAGCAGAUAAGAACCAGAACUCUAUUUUUCCCUGUUUUCCUGAGUGUGAUAGUUGCAAACAGUUUGCAAUGGUUAUAAGGUAGUGAUACUAACUCUGUAGUUAAGGCUACAAUAAAUCUCCUGUUCAAGGACCACUCAGCUCA